GCAAGCAGCAGCAAGAGAUUGCACUGCGCAUGCCCAAGGAAGGACACAUAACGCCGGAGGAUCUGGAGGGGACGCUGCAGUGUUGCCGCCGUCACCGGUGUCUGACUUGUACCACAGCUGCUGCAUGGACCGCGCAUCCGGUGCUUGGCUGCAGCAAUGGCUGGUAGAAGCCAUAAUAGGUAACUAAACAGGCCAUGCUUGAAGGAUGAGGUUUAAAAAUUUACUUCCCAACAACCUCUACACAACCUCAGUCUACAGGAGAAUAUCUAAUUUGUCUGCAAAAGAAUGGAGCGAGAGCAGAAUAUGAAAACAAAUGGUCUACUAGAGAAGGUUGAUCGAUCAGAACAGAGACCAGUAGCGGGAUGGUUUUUAUUGCUCACUGUGUGUGCAGUGGGCAUUGGGGGUACAUUCCAGUACGGGUACAACCUCUCCUUCAUCAAUGCCCCCACCAUGCAUAUCCAGAAAUUUGUGAAUGAAUCUUGGCUGGAGAACAGAGGAACACAGUUGGAAAGCUGGACAAUUACUCUCAUCUGGUCCAUAAUAGUGUCUGUGUACCCCCUGGGUGGUUUCAUAGGAGCACUAAUUGCAGGUCCCAUGGCUGUCAGGCUGGGAAGAAAGAAGUCUCUGCUCAUCAAUAACCUGUUCGUAGUUCUCUCUGCAAUCCUUUGUGGGUUCAGCCGCUAUGCCAGUAGUUUUGAAAUGAUCAUAUUGGGGAGAGUAUUAUCCGGAGUGAAUUCAGGAGUGAGUAUGAAUAUCCAGCCUAUGUACCUUGGAGAAAGCGCCCCUAGGCAUCUACGUGGCACAGUAGCUCUGUCCUCUGCAGUCUUUACUGCCCUUGGAUUAGUGUUGGGCCAGGUCGUGGGACUCAGAGAGAUACUGGGCAGUGAGGAGUUUUGGCCUCUACUCCUUGCAAGCAAUGUGGUCCCUGCCAUCCUGCAACUUCUGUUUCUUCCUUGGCUUCCGGAGAGCCCUCGGUAUUUAUUAAUUGACUUGAACGACAAGGAUUCAUGUGUACAGGCAUUGCAGCGGCUGCGUGGGAAAUGCGAUUUUAGCAUUGAGUUGGAGGAGAUGAUGGCGGAGCAGGCAGCCAUGAAAGGCCAAAGCCCAAAGGGCCUGUUUGAUGUUGUCCGGGACCCAUGUCUGCGAAAGCAGCUUCUCAUUAUACUGGUGCUUAGCAGUGCCAUGCAGCUGUGUGGGAAUGACUCGAUGUAUUUCUAUGCAUCCUAUAUAUUUGCAGCAGCCGGCAUCCCAUAUGAGAAAAUUCAGUAUGUAGUUAUUGGCACAGGAAGCUGCGAGCUCCUCACUUCAAUCACAUCUACUAUGUUCAUCGACCGCAUUGGGCGCCGAGUGCUGGUUAUUGGAGGAUACAGCUUGAUGUCUGUGUGGGCUGUGGUUUUUAUGGUGGCUUUAUCUUAUCAGGCACAAGUCAGCUGGAUACCAUAUCUGAGCAUGGUCUGCAUUUUCUCCUAUAUCUUGAGCUUUGGCAUUGGCCCAGCUGGAGUUACUGGUUUAAUUCCAUCUGAGAUAUAUGACCAUAUGGCUCGCCCAGCUGCAUACAUGAUCUAUGGCUCCCUCAUGUGGAUUAUGCUCUUUGUGACGGGUCUGGCUUUUCCUUUCAUUGUGCAAGGACUCGGCCACUUCUGCUUUAUACCAUUUCUGAUAGUGUGUGUCAGUACUGCUCUGUAUGUUGGGUUCUUCCUCCCAGAGACCAAAGGAAAAAGUAUCUUAGAAAUUACAGAGGCAUUUACAAACCACAGAGCUAAACCACAUCAUGCGGAAAAUGGCUAUCGUGGACCUCAGGAAAUCCAAUCCACCUCUCUGUGACAGUGAGAGAAUAUUACCCAAGUCUUCUUUGUGCCUCGUAUGCAGUCUGCACUAUCAACCCAUACGACCCUACUUCUCUUCCUCAUAAACAACACUGGAUCCUCUCCAAAACCUAUCCAGACAUCCAUUUAAAGGACACCGAGGUACUAUGCAUUCAGAUUGAUAAUGGAUAAAUGACAAUCACAGCUCCAUGGCUUCAUCCAGGAUUCUACGCCAAGCUAAAAUUGCCUCAGCAGUGCCUCGAUUUAGUCUUCCUUUACCAAAAUGUGAAAGAGAAUUCUUAUGUGUCAGUAUUACCAAUAAUGCUGCUUCCACGUUUUCCUAGUUGGGGCGUGAGUUUUAUUACACGGUCACAUUAUUACACAUUAUUAUGACCACCAGCUAAUAGCCAGAGUAACCACUUCGGAGCCCCAUACACAGCAGGGAUUGCUAAACUGUCAUAUUAGACACACAUCUGGUAGAUCCCAGGUUCAUUUUGCUGGUGAGCUGCUCCAUUGUAGUGUGUCAGUUUGCCCUCACGCACCUUCGGAGCAGACAUUCACCUCUCACAGCAAUGACACGUGGUGCUCUGCAGUUUCCACGUUGGUUAAUCGCAAUGGUGCCAUUUGUCAAGUCACGAUACACCUUUACCACAGCAGCACACGAACAGUUCACAACCUGCGCUGUUUCAGAAAUACUGCCACCCUUUGCCCAAAAGCCGAUAAAUAUCUCUUUUUGCAACUCCGAUAAAUCGCCCCUUUUACCCAUGACAGCAGUGAGUGAUAUGUGUGUAGACGGCGUAUUGCACACCUUAUAUACCCACCAAGCCAGCGCACAACACGUGACGUACUUUAUUACUUUAUGGACUACACGCUGCCAACGUCAAAUGUAGGAGGUGGCCAUAAUAAUGUGACUCAACCGUGUAUUAUUUAUUGCCGAAUGCAACUUUGUAAUAUAUAAACUGUACUCUUCAUUGUGUCUGCUCGCCAAUGCAACAACCGAUUUGUAACCUAUCUCUGCAUGUCUUUCUUAAACCACAACAGAUUUUUCAUAAAGUUGGAUUUUUUUCUUUUAGCAAUGGGAUCAUUCAGAAUUGAAAAGUGUUUUUCUGAAUCUGUUUGUUUUUCUAAAUUGACAAAAGUGUGUUUAAGCAUCACAAAAUUUCAUGACAGAAUUGUAAUGUUCACAUAGUGUGUAGACACAUUUGGCAGGAUGUAAUGGCGAUCUCGGACACCAUUACAUCCCGCCUUUUUUAUCUUCCAAAUCCACAAAUACAAAUGAAUAAGCCUAAAAGUGUCAGUAAGUAAAUGGAAAAAAAGUGACUGUAAAAUGUAAUGGAGUGGUACUCCUUUACUCUAAAUAUGCAUCAAAUGAUUGUGAAGAAGUCUAAAAGACUGGAUAUCCAGUACUGGCGUGGCAGUCAUCAGUUUUGUACAUUUUGGUUGUGAUUCCGUUGUUUAUGAGGGACUAUGAAUAAAAUGCUUUCAAGAAGACCGACAGCGGAAUCUGGCUGACCAGAAUACUGACUGAUUGCGGUAUUUUCACCCUACCCCUUAUACUAACCCACCCCUCCCGCAGCUUAACCUUAACCUGCCCCCUCUGAACCUUAUUCAGAGAUGGACGCAGAUUGCUGCAUACGCAGCCACAUCUGCAUCCAUCUCGCCACAUGCUGGGGCCGCAAUGCACAGGGAAAGACUGCCCAGCAUGUGUAGCGAUGCCUCACAAUGUGUCCGCAAUUAAAUAGCGGACACACCCUGGCAGCACAGCCUGGCGACCCGCCACCAUUUUUUUUUAGCAGAGCGACUCUGUGUGACGUCACGCAGCCGCCUUGAAAAUUCUCCUGGAACGCCCCUUUUUUGCCCACCAGAUGCAGCUGCAAUGUGUAAGGUCAUGCAGGCGCGACGCGCCCACUGUGCAUGCACAGUUUGCCGAUGCUGGCAAACUGCGAUGCAACCCGCUGAUGCGGUCAACUCUGAAUAAGGUUCUCUAUCUCUAACCAUGCCUUCCACAGCCUAACCCUAGUCUCCCACCCCUACCCUCCGCAGCCUAACCCUAAACCUCUUUCCUAACUCCAACCCUAGUACUUACCUCCGGGAUCCUUCAGGAUUCUGACUGUGAGUCUUCUGACUGUAUGGAUCCCAAAUGAAUGUUCACCUCAUUCCUUUGUGAGGGUGUUAUACUGUACUGUAUGUCAUUUAGGGUUAAAAUGUAUUGAUGACGGGUCUGUGGUUGUACAGCCACAUAUCUCUAAAUGUAAUACAGUAUACUGUAUGAUCUCAUCGUAUCUGUAGCAGGCAUGUAAAGCAUACACACUGCAUUACAGAUAAGGAUAGAGUGUUUAUCUAGGUAAGCUGUUUAUGUCUUUUUAAUGCCCCUCAUUAUGUAUGUCUGUAGCUUUACUUAUAUCACACAGAUGUAUUUAGAGGCCAACAUGCAGAUGAGUCGCAUACAUUUAGCCUCAAUACGCCAUGCAGUGUAAGAUGUCUGGCACGAGUAAGCCGGCUGGUUCCGUGAAACUCUGUUAGCAUCUGGCGUCUUUUUUUUUUUGCCAAAAAUGCAUCUAAGUCACAACGUGAUGUGACUAGGAUGCACCAGGACAGUGUUAAUUAACUUGAUAUGUGACAGUUUUAUAUUGUGUGUAACUGAGUGGUAAAUGUAUCAAUCGUCAUUAUGUGGGAGAAGUGGUAUCAGUGUACGUUAUGUGCACCGAUACUUUUUCCCCCCCCAUGUAUUACAGCAGCGGUGUGGGCUGUGUGCCCCAAUCUGUAUCAGCAAUGCUAUCUAAACAAUAGCAAGGAGAUAUGCUGGGCAAUAUAUGAACAGUCAGUUGCACUGACCGUUCUGACACCUGCAGCUAUCAAUUUUGACAGCUGCAGGUGUCAUUGCCCAUACACUACAGCCAGGGACAGCUCUGUCCUUGGCUGCGGUGGUUGCUGGCUCCAGGCUGCAUGUGUGAUCUCGCAAGAGUAGCGAGAUCUCGCACAUGCGUACUAGAGGCAGCCGGGGGAGAGACACAGCGUGUCAGCACUAAGCAGCGAUCGCCAGAGGGGGGACUUUUCACUCCCCUGCUUCAACAUCCGAGAUGAUAAUACAUCUCGGAACUGCUGCUUCCUGCUUAGCCUUUGUAAAGAGGGUAUAUUGUGCGGGUAUAAUACAGUACAUUCCCCUCUAAGUCUGUAUAUAUAUGAACUGAAGCACAACGGAACUUAUACUGGGAAAAAGCUGCUUUUUUUCUCUGACGUCCUAGUGGAUGCUGGGGACUCCGUAAGGAC